AUGGCAGAAGGAUGUACACUCUAUAUAUUAAGACAGAUAGGAUCAAAGAGUGUCAGCGCCAACUCCCUCACAUUUUCCAGCCAUCGAGAGAGAGUAUCAGAAAUGGAAGAUUCCCAGUUUGACGUCAUAAUCGUCGGAGCUGGCGUCAUGGGCAGCGCCACCGCCUACAACGCUGCCAAACGCGGUCUUAGGACGCUUCUCCUCGAACAAUUCGACUUCCUCCAUCACCGUGCUUCCUCCCACGGCGAAUCCCGCACAAUACGUGUCACCUACCCCCAAAAAUACUACUAUCCUCUGGUCAUGGAAUCUUACAAGCUCUGGCAAGAGGCCCAGGACCAAGUAGGCUACCAGGUCUACUUCAAGGCCCCGCACUUGGACAUGGCCCCGUCGGACGAACAACCCACAAUCCGCGCCGUCGUGGACUACUGCCAGACCCACGCCAUCCCCUUCCAACUCCUCCGCCGUCGCCAGCUCGCCGAGAAAUUCGCCGGUAGCAUCGACAUCCCCAAGGGUUGGGUGGGUGUCUCCAACGAGUACGGCGGCAUCCUCAAGCCCACCAAAGCCGUCGCCAUGUUCCAGACACUCGCCUUCAAAAACGGCGCCGUCAUGUUGGACAACGCCAAGGUGGUGGACAUCAAGAAAACCAGAGGGGAUGAGGGUGUGGAAGUUUUCACCGCCAGCGGUAAAAAAUUCCGCGGUAAAAAGUGCGUGGUAACUGUGGGCGCGUGGGCGACGAGGUUAGUUAAAACGGUUAGCGGCAUUGAACUCCCGAUAGUGCCCUUGGAGACGCACGUUUGUUACUGGAGGAUUAAGGAGGGGCAGGAAGGGAAAUUCGCUUUAGGGACUGGGUUCCCUACGUUUGCGUGCUUCGGCGACCCCUACAUCUACGGAACGCCAACGUUGGAGUUUCCGGGGCUGAUUAAGGUGGGGGUGCACGGAGGGAACCCGUGCGACCCAGAUAAGAGGCCGUGGGGCCCGGCGGUGUGGAUGGAGGAGUUGAAAAAAUGGGUGGAGGAGAGGUUCAUGGGCAUGGUUGAUUCGAGUGAGCCUGUGAUAAAACAGUCUUGCAUGUACUCCAUGACACCGGACGAGGAUUUCGUUAUCGAUUUCUUGGGUGGAGAGUUCGGCAAGGAUGUGGUUAUUGGAGGCGGGUUUUCAGGUCACGGGUUCAAGAUGGCUCCGGUUAUUGGGAGGAUAUUGACGGAGCUCGCGGCGGAUGGGGAGGCCAAAGGGGUUGAUCUCAAAUACUUUAGAAUUGGAAGGUUCAAGAUACCCUCCAAGAUUUAG